CUCAGCUGAGGCGCUAGUGUGCGGGGGCAGCGCGUGGCGGGCGGGGGGCCGAGACUGAGACCUGAGCAGCGGGAACCCGGGCGGCCUGGAGCUGGGCAAGCGGCAUGAGCAGCAAAUGCGACGUUGUCGUGGUGGGGGGCGGCAUCUCAGGUAUGGCAGCAGCCAAACUUCUCCAUGAUUCUGGCCUGAACGUGGUUGUUCUGGAAGCCCGGGACCGCGUGGGAGGCAGGACUUACACCAUUAGGAACCAGAAGGUUAAAUAUGUGGACCUUGGAGGAUCCUAUGUUGGGCCAACCCAGAAUCAUAUCUUAAGAUUAGCCAAGGAGCUAGGAUUGGAGACCUACAAAGUGAAUGAAGUUGAGCAUCUGAUCCACCAUGUAAAGGGCAGAUCAUAUCCUUUCAAGGGCCCAUUCCCACCUGUUUGGAAUCCAGUUGCCUACCUAGAUCAUAAUAACCUAUGGAGGACAAUAGAUGACAUGGGACGAGAGAUUCCCAGUGAUGCUCCAUGGAAGGCACCCCUUGCAGAAGAAUGGGACCAAAUGUCAAUGAAGGAGCUCCUGGACAAGAUCUGCUGGACUGAAUCUGCGAAGCAGCUUGCCACUCUCUUUGUGAACCUCUGCGUCACUGCAGAGACCCAUGAGGUGUCCGCUCUCUGGUUCCUGUGGUAUGUGAAGCAGUGUGGGGGCACAACCAGGAUCAUCUCAACAACCAAUGGAGGGCAGGAGAGGAAGUUUGUGGGUGGAUCUGGUCAAGUGAGCGAACGGAUUAUGGACCUCCUUGGGGACCGAGUGAAGUUGGAGAGACCUGUGACCCACAUUGACCAGAUGGGAGAAAAUGUUCUUGUGGAGACUCUAAACCAUGAAAUGUAUGAGGCUAAAUAUGUGAUUAGUGCUGUUCCUCCCCCUCUGGGCAUGAAGAUUCAUUUCAAUCCCCCUUUGCCAAUGAUGAGAAACCAGUUGAUCACUCGUGUGCCUUUGGGUUCAGUCAUCAAGUGUAUGGUUUAUUACAAAGAACCCUUCUGGAGGAAAAAGGAUUACUGUGGAACCAUGAUUAUUGAAGGAGAGGAAGCUCCAGUUGCCUACACAUUGGAUGAUACCAAACCUGAUGGCAGCUAUGCUGCCAUAAUGGGAUUUAUCCUUGCCCACAAGGCCAGAAAACUGGCACGUCUUACCAAAGAAGAAAGGUUGAAGAAACUUUGUGAGCUCUAUGCAAAAGUUCUGGGAUCCCAAGAAGCUCUGCAACCGGUGCAUUAUGAAGAGAAGAACUGGUGUGAGGAGCAGUACUCGGGAGGCUGCUACACGGCCUACUUCCCCCCUGGGAUCAUGACUCAAUACGGAAGGGUUUUACGCCAGCCAGUGGGCAGGAUUUACUUUGCAGGCACCGAGACUGCCACGCACUGGAGUGGCUAUAUGGAAGGGGCUGUGGAGGCUGGGGAGAGAGCGGCUCGAGAGAUCCUGCAUGCCAUGGGGAAGAUCCCAGAGGAUGAAAUCUGGCAGUCAGAACCAGAGUCUGGGGAUGUCCCUGCACGGCCCAUUACCAUGACCUUCCUGGAGAGACAUUUACCCUCUGUGCCUGGCCUGCUGAGGCUGAUUGGAUUGACAACUAUCUUUUCAGCAACUGCUCUUGGCUUCUUGGCCCACAAAAGGGGGCUACUUGUGCGCCUCUGAAGACAGGGUCUCUGUAACCACACACUCUUCUUAUGCUCUUUAGUGUGUGCAUUUGGGGAAGGGGUUGCAAUAAAGGUCCACAAAAACACAAAGAAUGGGAGUGAGAUGGGGAGCAUGAAGAUAAGUCAGACUCCUGACCACAGGAAACACAUGAUCACUUUCUCUAUUUUGGCUUUUGGCUAUCAUCCUUUAGCUGGUUUAGCACGAACUCUGUCUCACCAAUUGCCAACUUUACUGCCCCUGGAAUCUUUACAGUGUUUAAACAGGCUUGCUUAAGGUCCUUGCUGCCCCACAACACACCUUGCCCCUGCACAAAUAACUAGUUUUUUUCUCAUUUCUGUGGCUUUGUGCUUGUUCUUCCUCUUGUCUGUAAUAAAUAUCCUCAUCUUCCUUGCAUUUUUCCUUAGAAUCUUGGAUUGUUAUAGCUGGGAGACCAUAGAGACCAUCUAGUCCAUGCCUUCCACUUUAGAGUUGAGCAUGCUGAAGUCGAGAGAGGUAGGACUUAGUUGCCCAAGUUCCAUAAUAAGCCACUGAUAUUGUGGGGACUAGAACACAGGUCUGGCACUUUUCCCACCUCCCAGGAUGUGUCCCCCAGCCACUCUCCUCCAUUCCCUGCCCUAGUCGCUGAUGGUCUAUUCCCAUAUGGGUCUACUCUACACUAAGUUGUUUUGUACUACUCAGAUGUUACCCAGUAUAUAUCUUUAAGUCUUACUGUCUUGUGCAGUGUGUCUCCAGCUGAUUUUAUUUUUUUUGAGUGUAGAAAUCUCAUCCUUUCUUGCUUUUGUAUCCUUUAGUAUAUCUAGAUACAAAGGUCAGUACACAUUGGCUGAUUAAAAAUAAAGUUGAUUGACCAGA